GUAGGGGGGUGGAAAAACGAGCAAAUUCCCGUUCGGAAGACGAGCAGCUUUGAUACAAUAUUUGGAACUCUGCUCGAUAAUACUCAACUUAUUUCGCAUGACGUCUUCUUCGCUGUAAAUCUUCCAUCACAGUUUGACGCCCGUGCUGACCGUGUAACUUGGAUUAUUUCUUUGUCUUCAACUUCCAAGUUGUACAUAAUCAACCAUGAAGAAAUUGUUCUCAAAAAUUGAGACAAAGAUUGACCCUUCCCAGAAGGAGUCUAAAGGUGGCCAGGGCCUUGUUGGAAAGGUCUUUCAAGUGGGAAAACAGUUUUCUGUAACUGUAGAAGACAUUAUAGCUGAAGGUGGCUUUGCAAUUGUUUUUCUAGUUAAGGCACCAAAUGGUAGUCGGUAUGCUUUGAAGCGGAUGCAUGUCAACAAUGACCAUGACCUAGCUGCUUGUCGAAGAGAGAUUCAAAUUGUCUCUACAUUAAAUGGGCACAAGAAUAUUAUUGGGUACAUAGAUUCAAGUAUUACACAAUCAAGCAAUGGGGUCUAUGAAGUGCUGCUCCUGAUGCCAUUUUACAAGACUCAUGUCCUCCAGCUGAUGAAUGAGAGGCUGCAAACAGGCUUUUCAGAGCCAGAAGUUAUGGCCAUCUUUUGUGAUAUGUGUGAAGCAGUUUCCAGACUUCACCACUGUCAGACCCCCAUCAUCCAUCGCGAUCUAAAAGUAGAAAACAUAUUGUUCAACGAUACUGGACAUUACGUUCUAUGUGACUUCGGAUCAGCUACGGCCAAGGUUCUUAACCCAUCCACAAUGGGUGUGGUGGUAGUUGAGGAGGAAAUUAAGAAAUACACGACACUGUCAUAUAGGUCGCCUGAGAUGGUAGAUCUGUACAUGGGAAAAUCCAUCACCACUAAAGCAGAUAUUUGGGCACUUGGCUGCCUCUUGUAUAAGCUUUGCUUUUUCACACUGCCGUUUGGUGAAUCAACACUAGCUAUCCAGAACGGACAGUUUAAUCUGCCUGAAGGCCAUCGCUAUUCCAAAUCGCUAAUUUCUCUUAUACGCUACAUGCUCGACCCCGAUUCUGAUCGCAGGCCUGACAUUUAUCAAGUCUCUUAUGCCGCCUUUAAACUUGCCGGCAGAGGUGAAACUCCCGUCGUGAAUCUACUCCACAGCGUGCCUCUCGAAUUAGAUCAACUUCCCACUGUUGACACGCGACCUGCUCAAGUUAAGCCAUCUACCACACCGAAUAUACCAACCAGUAGGGUGAUGAACAACCAGCCACUUGUUGUAGAAGGUGGAACUACCGUCACUCCUCGCCAAAGACCCAAGGCCUCAUCCAUCACAAGUACUCUUGGCCAAAUCCCACUGCCUACCAAUAGCAUGAAUCCUGCCCGACGCGUUUUGCCAACUACCACCGUUGAACCUACUCUUGUUCAGCCAACUGUACCAGCUAAUCCAAUUUCGGUACAAGAACUCUUUCCGUCUUUCCCGCAAGAUCCUUUUAUAGAAACAUCCCAGCCUAGCCCGGUCACCAUCUCUGGUCAAGGUUAUUUCAACUAUGGUUAUGGCUAUCCAACUGCAGCUGCGAAUAUAACAACAGCUCCUUGUUGCCCCCAAACUUCGACUGCAACUGUUUCACCACAACCAGCCAGCCUUCCCCCUUCCGCCUUGACACCGGUUGAGUUUCGAGAGACAAGCCAGACGCAAUCGGCUGAUCCAUUGUACUCCAUUGAUUCACGACAAGAAACCGACAUUGCUCAGCGCUCAUCUAUUAGUAGUAGCGCUCCUAGGUUGAAUCCAUCGGCUGGGCGGACAGCCUCGCUUGAUCCUCCAUCGUCGUCGGUGACCCCGCCUGCGUCACCGACCUCGCACCAUAGACAUCGCAGGAAUAUGAGCGACACUUCGGCUUUCACAAAGAGUUACGCUGACGAAACGAACCAGUUUCUUAAAUCUUUCGUGCCUCCACCUCAAGUGACGGGUGAAUCAUUCGGACAUGCUGACACGAUGAAAGCAACUGCUGAUGGAACGGCUCUAGUAGGCCAUGUUGCCGUCUGGAACCCUUUUGACGACCCAUCACCCUUUUGCCAGCUGAAUGAAGAUCACUUGUUUGGUGCUGAAUUUGAUAAAAUCCGUCGAGGUUCGCAAAGCAGUAUAGUCAAUGUAAAAAGCAGGGAGAGUUUAGUUAUGAAUGCCCCAGAAGCUGUUGCUGCGGCAGAAGAUCCAUUUGGAGCGGCCCCUUUCCGCCUUCCACCAGGUCGAAAAAAGUUACCGGUGACGGUCGUUGAUGGAGUUUCCAAGGUUAACUCAGCUGGAAACGGGUCUGCAGCUGGACAGAUAGUUGUGGAACCUGCGCCAGCUGGGAUAUUGGCGGCGGUGACAGUAACUCCACCGCCGCCACCUCCACCGUUUGUCCGAGCUCCAGCUGAGGACCGUUCCAAGUACGAGAAGCUGUUUUGUUACGGGUAUUCUGACGCCGAAGAUGAACUCGACAAUCAAGAAGGUGAUGCAGCAAUCGGGGGAUUGCGACUUGACGGUCGGAAUUCUAACGGAAAGGAAACUGAAGAAGGUGCCAGCAGUACUGUUGGUGCACGGCUAAACAAGAACUCUGCACGACAAAAACUAACCGACGAAGACUCGAUCGGUUCGGCAACUGAUCUAAAGAAUUGCUGUUCAGAUGAGGAAGCAGACGAACAACCAAAGAGACGAUCUCGACAAAAUCUCGACGAAGAAUCUGAAACGAUUAGCUCAUCCGUCUAUCACGGAGAGAGCGAUAGCGUCCGUAUGGAGUCAGGCGAGCCCAAAGCUUCAAACAGCAGAAGAAAACCUGCCGGCCAAGUAACCUCUAACAUGGAAGACGCUCUGGUUGGUCACGCCUUUGGAGAGCGACCCUUACUGGCCGACGAUGAGCUGGACGAUGACAGUCUUCAUUCUGGAUUGCCAAGAGCCGCGGUAAAAACAGGCCGGCUUCCUUUAGUGCCGCUGCCUUUCAGAAUUCGCAAUGUGGAGAAAAAAGAAUUUGUCACAUCGGAAGAAGAUGUGUUUGCCAAAGCACCAUUUAAGCUGCCACCCAAGAAAAACGGUAACAACAGUGACAUAACUGUUCACUCUGUUACUGCUUUGAAAGAGAAACGUCGUCUACAUCGUUACGAGAAUGUACCGCCACUCGUCGACAAGAGACCUCACGUUGCAGCGGAUCUAGACCAUCCGGUGCCUAUUUUACCAUUAAAGAGUCAGGAUCUUUUCGGUCUUGUUCCAUUUACAACCUUAACACCACCGUCCAUCAGUGGUAGAAAAUCUGGAGCUGAAGUGAUUCGUCAUAGCCAUUUGGCAGCUGGAGAAAUAGUACGCCCCUGCUUAGACUACCAUGAUGAUCUCUGCGAGCCGGUAAUCGACGUGGUUGGUGAUGACGCAGGCGUCAGUAACCUUAGCUUUGAAGAUAUUGGACCUGAAGAAAGUAGCUGGAAUGUCAACUAGCUCAUACAUUUAUUGUUGACAUUCCUUCCCAUGUAUACAAGUCUGGAUUCUUUUUUCCCUCGCUGUGUUUUCAAUUAUUACUAUACAUAUAUCGGUCUAACAGUUUUAUGAUUUAAUACGCCUUCAUGACUGUACGUUUGUUUUCGAUGGUUAGUUCGCCAUGAGAAUUCAAGUCACUGUUCGUUUAGCGUUGCUAGUAACGGUAUAGUUUAAAUUAAAUCUCUUUGCAGGAUCAUUUAAGUGUACACCAGUUUUUACGGCCUUCUACGACACUGGCAACUUGCAACAGCUUGCAACUGGUUCGUUACAGCAUACCGUUAAUGUGUCACGAAAGUUUUGUAUUAUCACUUCUUAUUUUGGAAAGGGAUGACGUUACAGAAAAGAUUAUGUGAUGUGCACGAAUGUGAUCAAUCGGAAAUAUAGUAUUCAUUAUCCGCGCAA